AUGCUGGGCGCACUGGUCUGGAUGCUCGUGGCCGGCUUCCUGCUGGCGCUGCCGCCGGGCCGGGCGGCGGGCGCGCCGAGGACCGGCAGGCGCCCGGCGCGGCCGCGGGGCUGCGCGGACCGGCCCGAGGAGCUCCUGGAGCAGCUGUACGGGCGGCUGGCGGCCGGGGUGCUCAGCGCCUUCCACCACACGCUGCAGCUGGGGCCGCGCGAGCAGGCGCGCAACGCGAGCUGCCCAGCAGGGGGCAGGCCCGCCGACCGCCGCUUCCGGACGCCCACCAACCUGCGCAGCGUGUCGCCCUGGGCCUACAGAAUCUCCUACGACCCGGCCAGGUACCCUAGGUACCUGCCCGAAGCCUACUGCCUGUGCCGCGGCUGCCUGACGGGGCUCUUCGGGGAGGAGGACUUCCACUUCCGCAGCACCCCGGUGUACAUGCCCACCGUCGUGCUGCGCCGCACCCCGGCCUGCGCCGGCGGCCGCGCCGUCUACACCGAGGACUACGUCACCAUCCCCGUGGGCUGCACCUGCGUCCCCGAGCAGGAGAAGGACGCGGACAGCCUCAACUCCAGCAUGGACAAGCAGGGCGCCAAGCUGCUGCUCAGCCCCAAUGACCAGCCGGCCAGCCCCUGAGGGCCGCCACGGCCACCUCCAAGGGGCAGGACAUGGCCGGUGACCCCUGAGGGCCGCCACGGCCACCUCCGGGGGGCAGGGCUUGGCCAGCGACCCUGAAGGCCACAAACCAAACGCAAGCAGAGAGACCUUCCUCCCAGAGUAGCGGGUCCGCUGCGCACGCUCGCUGGUGUUCGGGCAGGCGGAAGUGCACGCAGUGCUGGGGCCAGGGGACUUUUCCAGGGCCGCCUCCGGCCCCAGGGCACUGGUGCUGCAUGGCUGUGCUUGGGCCAAGGCGCUCCCUCCAGCUGGGGGUAGAUACAGAUAAGCUUUAAAAAAAAAAAACAAAUUUUUGUUUUAAGA